AUGUCUAAUCAUCGCAAUCCAAACUUGAAAUUUUGCACAGUUUGUGCGUCAAACAAUAAUCGUUCAAUGGAAUCGCAUAAAGUCCUGCAAGAAGCAGGCUAUAAUGUUAGUUCUUACGGAACAGGUUCAGCAGUGAGACUGCCUGGUCUGUCGAUAGAUAAACCCAACGUGUACUCAUUUGGUACACCCUAUAAUGAUAUAUAUAAUGAUCUUUUAUCACAAUCUGCAGACCGUUAUAAAUCGAACGGUUUAUUACAAAUGCUAGACCGUAAUAGAAGGCUCAAAAAGGCCCCAGAAAAAUGGCAAGAAAGCACAAAAGUCUUUGAUUUUGUUUUUACUUGCGAAGAAAGAUGUUUUGAUGCCGUUUGUGAAGACUUGAUGAAUAGAGGGGGUAAAUUAAACAAAAUAGUUCAUGUCAUUAAUGUUGACAUAAAAGAUGAUGAUGAAAAUGCCAAAAUUGGUAGUAAAGCCAUACUGGAGUUAGCUGACAUGUUCAAUGACAAAAUAGAGGAGUGCGAAAAAAACGAUAUACCAUUCGAAGAUUGUAUAAUGGACAUUUUAACCGAGUGGCAAAGCGGACAUCCCCAACUACCGUCAUUGUAUGCUCCAUCAUACUAUUGA